UCUUUGAGGUUGGUUGUACCGGCUAGAAGACGUGAGUUAUUUUGUUAACGAGAUAAUUAACGUGCUGGACAUUCGUACAGCUAAUACGGCUGCUAAGGUUAUCGUGUACAACUUUUUUUCCUUUCUUUCUUUAACAGGUAACCGUUGUGAAAUGGCCUAGGGUAGUUGCGGUUAUUUUUUCGGUUAUUGAAGUUGCCCAGGAAAUUUCAUGCGCCGUCCACUAUGAAGCUUUUUAUACGUUUGCUGAAAAAUACAACCCCAAAACAAAUCGAGUACUACUCUCGUUUUUCCCCUUCGCCUUUGUCCAUAAAGCAGUUUUUGGAUUUUGGCAGAGAUAAUGCUUGUGAGAAAACAUCAUACAUGUUCUUACGCAAGGAACUACCAGUGCGACUAGCCAACACCAUGCGAGAGGUCAACCUACUCCCAGACAAUCUUCUGAGCAGACCAUCAGUAAAGCUAGUGCAGACUUGGUAUAUGCAGAGCUUUUUGGAACUUCUGGAAUAUGAAAGCAAGAGCCCUGAAGACCCUCAUGUUUUGAAUGAUUUUCUGGACAUUCUUAUACACAUCAGAAAUCGACACAAUGAUGUUGUUCCUACCAUGGCAAAAGGUGUAAUUGAAUACAAGGAGAAAUAUGGCUUUGAUCCUUUCGUCAGCAGCAAUAUCCAGUAUUUUCUAGAUCGCUUCUACACUAAUCGAAUCUCCUUUCGCAUGUUGAUUAAUCAGCACACCUUACUAUUUGGUAAUGAUACCAAUCCCGCACAUCCUAAACAUAUUGGAAGCAUUGAUCCUAAUUGUAAUGUGGCUGAAGUUGUUAAAGAUGCCUAUGAAACUGCUAAGAUGCUUUGUGAGCAAUAUUACUUGGCUGCACCUGAACUAGAAAUUGAAGAAUUUAAUGCAAAAUCUCCCAACAAGCCUAUCCAAGUAGUCUAUGUGCCAUCACAUCUGUUCCAUAUGCUGUUUGAACUAUUUAAGAACUCAAUGAGGGCUACAGUAGAGCUUCAUGAAGGCAACAAUGAUGGUUUCCCCCCAAUCAAAGCCUUGGUUACUCUUGGAAAGGAAGAUUUAUCCAUAAAGAUUGGUGAUAAAGGAGGAGGUGUUCCACUUAGAAAGAUUGAUCGUCUCUUUAACUAUAUGUAUUCUACUGCCCCAAGCCCUAGCUUAGAACCCUCUAGAGCUGCACCACUAGCUGGUUUUGGAUAUGGUUUACCAAUUUCACGACUGUAUGCAAGAUAUUUCCAAGGAGACCUCAAACUUUAUUCUAUGGAAGGUGUUGGAACAGAUGCUGUGAUCUAUCUCAAGGCCUUAUCUAGUGAAUCCUUUGAACGCCUUCCAGUGUUUAAUAAGUCAGCAUGGCGACAUUACCAGACCACCCCAGAAGCUGAUGACUGGAGCAAUCCUAGCAGUGAGCCAAGAGAUGCUUCAAAAUACAAGGCUAGCCGAUAACUCCAUGAACAACACGAUGUAGGCAGUGAUUCCUCACCGUAGAAUCCAGCAGCUUAGCACUGAAUCCAUCCAAGUGUUUUAAAGAAACAAUAAGAGUAGCAUUCAUUACAUUAUGUUUGAAGUGUCCAUUAAGAAAAGUUUUAGAUGGCUUUAUGCACAAGUUAUUAUUGGAAAUUUAAAAGACUAGUAGGGAGACAUUUUAUGGUUGCUUACACUGGAUUGGUUCUAUGCUGUAAAACGGUUAAGAGCUGGAAAGAAAGAAGCACUGCAGAAGGAUAUCUCAGGCAAGUGUAAAAACUGAUGCUGCAAUGUUUUAAAUGAUUGUAGGAAAGUGGAUGAAUGAUGUUUACAUGUUUGUUUGUCUUCAGUUUGUGCAUAUGUAUCGUAUAUCGUUGACACAUGUACAAUACUGAUGUACAUUCACUGUUCGUGUGUGUGAUUUAAAGAGAGUAUAUGCACUGGUGCAUCAAAAGAAUGGUCCAUAAAGUGAUAAUUCUAUAAGCAUAUAAUGCUUUAAUUUUAUUUAAUUGGAUUUAUUAAAGUAGCUGAUCUACUGUCCAUCUGUACAAAUGUGUCAGAAAAGGUAUUCGUGCAUAUUCCACCAAAAUAUAUAUGUUAAUGUUUUUGUGUGUGUUUGGAUUGUACUACUUAAAAAGCACCUUAAGGUUUGUUUAUUUGAUUUUAUUGAUAUUGUGGAAGUUUAUUUAUUUACAAAAUAUUUUGUAAACAAAAUGAAUAAUUUUCUAAUUAAUGUGGCAUUGACAUCUUCAUUGAAGGAAUUAUGUGGUUACUGGCCAUUUUGCACUGCUUUAGUAAGUUGUAAAUAUCUAUUUAAAAAAAAAAAAAAUUUUUUUUUGCAUUGGAUUUAGAAAUUGUGUGUGUGUGUGUGUAGAAAAAGGAUGAGCCAGGUACUGAGGAGGUUUGUGUUUGUACCAGGCUGAUGCUUUAAUGCAGUUUUUGGUAACCCUCUAAUUUCAUACCUUCCAAGUCUUACAGUGAAAAUGAAAACACAAACCGUGGAGUUUAGUAUCCCAGAUAGACUUAUGUUUACUUGCAGUACACUUUUUGACCACUCCUUUAUAUAUUAUACUAAAGUUAUGUGACUUUGACCUUAUUUUAUUAGACAAAUGGCUGGACUGAUUGAAGAGGAAUAGUCAUUGAGGAAAAGUGCAAUAAUCUAAUAAUUUAACCUUCUUAACUGUGUCCUGGUGUGUUUUUUUUUUUCCUGUGGUGUUUUCUUUGUUCCAGUUACACGCUCCAUUUUAUCCAAUAUUUUAAAAUGCUGUUGCAUGUCAGCAGACAAGAAUGCAUACAUUUGUUUUUCAAGAAAAUGAAAUUAGGAAUUUCUUUUUUUGUUAGAAGCGUUGAUUCAGUAUGUUGGCAUCCUUAAAGGAAGUACUGUAGUGCAAAUGUAGUGAACAGGAGAAAGUAGCAAAGAAUGCUGCUGAUCAAAAUGUCUGAUGCCUAACGUUAUAGUAUGAGAUGCUUCUGCUUCACAGUUCUCCCUCCAUAAGGCCGUCUUCAGUUGUGUAACCACAGGCAUGGUUAGACAUACUUGAUGGCGUUUU